ACAAAAUGUAAACUGGCUCUCCGUUUCUGUGUUUUGUCAUAAGAUAAGAUGUUUUCAUUCCAAUAAAAGGGCCCAUGAUGAACAAUUUCCCCAAUGAUUACUAUCCAUGUAUUUGCAGUCUUCUCGAUUGCGUCACAUUCAAUGUUUGCAUGGGGAAACGGUCCGUUAGAAUUUGCUUAAAAACUUCAAAAAUGUUAAUCUUUGCUGCAUAUCAAUCGAUUCCUUUGAAAUUAUUCCCCUGAAUUUCUUUGGUCUAGCUGCAUACAUAUACGGAUGAUUGGCAAGUUUAAGAGAGGUAUGCAGCCAGUAGAAAAAUAAAUUGAAGUUGGAAUUCCGAUGUAAUUUCCUGUUUUAAUAGUAUCGGUAUAUUAGAAAUGAAAUUUAGUUAAAAAAAGUUGUGUCGUAUUGCUUGGCUAAAUUUAAGACAUAAAAUGUAAAUGUCAUAUGAUUUACAAUAAUGUGUAGGCAAGCGUUAAACGACAUGUUAAAAAUAAAGGUUUUUAUGACAGAUGUCUCAUACUAAGUUGUUAUUCAAUACAAUCCAUGAUUAUGUAAUUACAAAGUCAUGUUAAUGUACAAAACACAUUGAUAAUAUCUCACCAAGGAAAAUAGAACACUAUCUAAACAGAAUUUGGAAGAUGAACCAAAUAAUUUGUGUAUCAUUCUUGCUGCAAAUAGGCUUUGCCUUUCAUUUUAACAAGUACAAUGCAUUAGAUAAAAUAGAAAAGUACCUGGCAACUUUUAAUUGUAACCACGGCACGGUUAAGUCUAAGGUUGAGAUCAUCGGUAAAACCUUCGAGGAGAGAAGUAUUUACAUGGUGAAGAUGUUUACUAAGCGGAAGACACAAUGUGGGAGCUGUAAGGGAAAAUCUAAGAAGGCUAUUCUAGUUGACGGUGGAACACAUCCCAGAGAUUUUAUUUCACAUGCAUUUGUUUUGUACUUUCUAAACUUCCUUAAAACCACCCAAGCAGGGUAUUACCUUGUCAAAAAGUUUGAUUGGUACUUCAUACCUGUCUUAAAUCCAGAUGGUUAUGUAUACGCAACGAAUUUUGAGCGUCUUUGGAGGAAAAAUAGAAACCCGUUUAAUGAAACAUGCAUAGGCACCGACCUGAAUAGAAAUUAUGGAAUGCAGUGGAAUCCAGAAAACGGUGGUUCCAGAAAUCCUUGCAAUGAGUUUUAUUCUGGUCCGUUCCCUUUCAGUGAACUAGAAAGUCAGGCAGAAAGAAACCUGAUGUUGAAAAAGGCUUUUAUUGGUUAUCUAAGUAUACACAGCUUUGGCCAACUGUGGAUAUAUCCUUGGGGAUUUACGAAAGAUCCGGUACCUGAUAAACCCACCCUAGAUAAAUGCGCUAAAGCUGCAGCAUCAGCAGCGACAGCUCGGAAUGGAGUUGUAUAUAGUUCGAGGCAGACUUCAGAAAAAUCUACCUUAGGUGGUCUUUCAGCAGAUUAUGCAAAAGCAGCAGGAAUUAAGUUUCCGUACGAAGUUUUGUUGCGAGACAAAGGGACAUUUGGACAUCUUUUACCCGAAGAUCAAAUUAUUGCAACUUGUGAAGAAACAACAGAUGCAGUAAUUGCUUGGGCAAACUGUGUAUGUGCCGAAGUGAUGUAGCCUAGUAAAGACUGAAAUUUUGUUUAGAUAAACUUAGUACAGAAAUCGUGUUUUCUCUUCAUUUACUGCGGAAAAGACUUGAAUCAAAUUCCGAUCCAUUCAUUGAUUUUGUAGCUGCAUUCACAUUUAAGCCUUUCAAGCUACAAUUUCUCUUUUUCUCAUGUAAAUUUUUAAAGUUUUAAUUAUAUCGGUAAAUCAGGAAUGAUUAUUCUUACUAAAUACGGAUACAGUAAUCCGUUUUUGGUAAAUGUAAUAUCUAAAGAUUUUUGAUACAUUUAGUUUUGAAAUUUAGUUUAAAAUAUGAUGUAUCUUGCUUGGAUAAAUUUAAGACGUAAAAUGUAAAUGCACUAUGAUUUAAUAGAAUGUCUAAGUUAGCGUUAAACGAAAAGAAAAAGGUUUUUUUGACA